GGAACUAGCAGACCAACUUAUGCAGUUUCUGUGCGGCAGAAUAAAAAGCUUGAUGUGCUUAAGGUUAAUACUAGCAAGGCCGUUGAGGAAAAUCUCCUUGAUUCCUCUCUUGGUUCACCAUGGGCAUCAGUUGGCAGUCAGGAUGGUUCAUCUGGUUUUGACUCUGAUGGGGCUGAGAGUUCUUCACCUGAUGCAUCCAUGACUGACAUUGCACCAGUUCUUGAUGAAAUCGACCCUCUUCUGGGUGCUGAUUUCACUCGUCCUGAUCCCAUUCCUAAUGAUGAUUCAGACAGUGAUUCACAUGUCUCCUCGCAGGAUCAUGAAAUGGAUGAUGAUAGUAAUGAUGAUGAUGAUGAUGGCAACAAUGAUACUAAAGAUG